CUAACUUGCUUACAACAACAUACCUAUCCAAGAGUCUCAGGCUUAAGCCCGUAGAUCCCACUUCAGUUCAACUACCCACAUAGCUCAUCUACACAAGUCGCGUCACUAUCGGAAAUAAGGCAUUCGCCUACCCGUGAACAUGAGAAAACUAGCCCCCAGAGCCGUCAGUUUCGAGGGCGCGGAACCACUAGCUAGGCCGCUGGCACUCACGAAGCCCAAGCUCUCGCGUGCGAGCACACACAAAGUCCGGUCAGGGUGUAUCACUUGCAAGAAGCGACACGUCAAAUGCGACGAGGCUAAGCCGCAUUGUAAAACCUGUGUCUCCAGGGGAAUGACGUGUGAAGGUUAUGUUGCUGGUGCCAAAAAGGGCACCCCUGGGCCUGCCGUGGUCUCCUGGGAUUCUCGUCAGGUUGUUCCGGUCGCUUCUCCGACGACACAGCUCCUACUCGACCCCGACACCACCGAUUUCCGAACCGGCGCCAGCCUGCUCUAUUUCGACGAGUUUAUAGGCUUGGUCCGGGGUUCAUGGAAUACCGCCACAUCCAACGGCGACCUUUGGGCGGUCACCCUGCCUCAGCUCGCCCGCACCAACAACACCCUCCGCCAUGCCGCCAUCGCCAUUGGUGCUCUUUGCGUAUGGCAUCGCCAAUUCCCCUCCAGGCCGCUUAGCGCAAUGUCAGUACCAGAUCUCAUGACUGCAGAAGGAGACAUACAUUACUUUCGGUCCAUCGCUUACUACUGCCAGUCUCUGAAGCUGCAGAGCCAGCAACGUUCUACCCAGGAUGCCGUUCUGUUGUCCGUGCUGCUAUUGACCUUCGAAUCUCUCCGAGGAAACAUACAGGCCGCCUUGGAUCACGUCGACCACGGCCUGGCUAUGUUGCUUACCUUCUUGGCCGACGGAGAUGCGCAUCAGGCUAUCGCGAAGCUGGAGCCGAGUCAUAAGCCACUGUUCACGGCCGUGGCAGACAUUUUUAACCAUUUGGGAAAGCAGGGCCGGUCUAUUUAUCGCAAAAGGAUUAACCGCGAGCCUAAUCUUCGCAACUUUUCCAGGAGGCUCCAGAGCAAGAAAUAUACGGUAGAGACAUUCUUCGUCUUGCUGAGUCAGAUACCUCGCUCUUCCGUGGACACAAGUCGCAUUCCGGCCGUUUUCAGUAACCUUGGCGAGUAUGAGGAGUACUGGGUGGCGGCUCAACGUGCCCGGGCCGUCUACUCGAAGAUCAUGGCGGAAGUUAUAAAACCGUCGGCCAUUCUUCACUGCAAUGACCAAGGCUCCAUCGAAAAAUAUAUUAUCUACCUCCUAAGCCAUCCUCGCGUAAAGGGGUUCUCUGAAGAUUCAAAUAAGAUGAUGAGAGCACUUGGUGCUGCGUUUCUACCCCUCUUCAACAGAAUCCUCGCGUCUAACCUCGGAUCGCCGACAUACCUGAAAGCCAUCCAUUUGCGUCUACAGUACCUGGAAAUUGACGUUUUUGAAGACCCCACACAGUUCCUCAGCAUCGAGAUAAUGCAGUCGAAAACGUCUUCAUUCCGCGAGUAUCUGUCUUUGGCACAGAUUGCUCUUCGUAUCGCGAAGCAAGAUAUCAAGAACCCAGCUCACCACAUGUCCUUACAGUGUGGAAUAGCUUGGCACCUACUGGUUUUGUCUCUUUUCUGCCGCGAUCCCCUCGCCCGCGACGAAGCAGUUUGGACAUUGAGAGACUACCCAGGCCAAGACGGGCUAUGGAACACCCGUGCACUGUACGCCAUAGCCCUGAAGAAUCGUGACGUCGAGCAGCUCAACGCAGCUGAAGGCACAUCUACGGAGCAGUGGCGGCGGCUAUGGCGACGAGAGUUCGGCUUCGAAGAUGGCGGCCAUCACAUUAUGUUCCGUUACCUAGAGAAAGACGAGACAACGGGAGAAUGGGGGGUAGUGGAGGACGGCGCGGACAUUCGGGGAGACUCCAACGAGAUUCGUUGGAGCCGCCAGCCUCUUACAGAAGGAUCCAGCGGCCUGCUCAUGGUAGACCUGUAUGUUGCCGAAGAGGCUCAACACGCCAAAAAGUAAAGCCACGUACUUCGGCACACUGCUCCAAUAGGCUGGGUUCUAUCUAUAUCGUAUUCAUCUACCCACAACAAUUUUGCACUACUGCGAGAACGGCCAGAGAUUAUACAAAAUCAACGCACACACUAACGGUGCUAGUGAUGAGAAUCAAAGGGUAUUACGUAGGUCGGGAGAGUUACGUAGGGACUGAGGUUGCUCUGC